GUCUGUAGUCAAACGACAGAGUCAGGAGGAGUACUACUAUACACAGUACUGCAGUACUACUAGACACAGUACUGCAGUACUACUACACAGUACUGCAGUAUUUCUACUUCAGCAGAUAUCUGAGUUCGGCAUCGAGGACCUUCAUCUCCUCCAGAACUUCAAGACGUCUUCUGAGUUUGGAUAUUUUCACACUCUGUGGUUCGUCUAGUUCUAUUUUCUGUCCACCAGAGCUCGGUUCCGUCGUGUCGGAUGGUUGAAGAUGCCUUCUGCGAGUCCAAACAGGGCCUGGCUCUGGUUCUGGUUCCAUGGAUAUUUGUGUUUGUGUACGUUUGUGUCUUGGACUUAAAGACUCGAGUGUAAAACAGGGACUUGGUUCUGGACGGAUUCUGCUGUAGAACCGGAGACACAAAGAUUGGAGGAACAUUCGGGUUCUGACUCAGCUGCAGUUCUACUGUGAUACUCCAAUCCAUCCUGGUCUGGUCUGGUCCGGUCUGGUCCGGUCUGAUCCGGUCUGAUCCAGUCUGUGGCGGUCUCUGCUUGGGCUGUUCUGGUCCAGCCUGGUCUGUCUGUUCUGUUCCGAACCGGUUGGUUCUGGUCCAGCCUGAGGACAGACGAGAUGUUCUGGAAGAACGCUGUGUGGUCCUGGGUGGAUGCUGCCGGUAACGAUGAUGAUGAUGAUAAUGAUAAUGAUGGUGGUUAUUUGCUUGCAGCCGACCUCAGGAGGACUCCGGACUCGACUCCAGAACCCGACCUGAACCAGAGCCGCACCCCCACAGAACCUAAAGAACCCACUAACCACAGCCUGACCGACACCAACUACAGCAGCUACGGUUCCACGCUGUUUACCAACAACAACCAGCGCCAUGGCAACCAGGACAACAAACUGACGGUGACCAUCGUCCGAGGAACAGACGGGUUUGGAUUCACCAUCUGCUGUGACUGCCCAGUCCGAGUCCAGGCUGUGGAUCCAGACGGUCCAGCUCAUCGGUCCGGACUCCAUGAGGGCGACUCUAUUCUGCAGCUCAACGGACUUCCAGUGGAAACAUGGAAGUGUGUGGACCUGGCGCACGCCAUCAGGAGCUGUCCGUCUCAGAUCGUCCUGGUGGUGUGGAGAGGUUUACCUGAGCUCAGGUCAUGUGACACGUUGCUCCGCCCACCAACACACAGCAUGAUGACAGGCAGGAAGUUGCUGUCUCACCCCUCCCACAGCAAACAUAGCCGACGUUGGGGUCAGGGGGCGGGGGUCCGGUCCAGUCUGGGGGCUCUAGGUUCUCUGUGGGGGGACCGGAAGGAGGACCAUGAGGAGUACGAGGAUCAGGAGGAACCGGAGUUCUCCCGUCACACCACCACACUGAAAGGAACCCGAGUGACAUCAAAUGGAGACAAUUACAUCAUCCUGUCACCUGUCAGUCCAGGAGGGCAGCUCCUGCAGCCGGUCUACCAGGACAGAAACGGAGCCCUCGGUCGUCUGUACCAGACCCAUCCCAGCAGAGGGCAGAACCUCCUCCAUGACCCUCCACCCUGGUCGUCACGGCGACCGUUCUUCUCCACCCUGACUCCGCCCACCUCAUCAUCAGCCCCGCCCAGUAACCACAGCAAUUACCAGAACUGCACCAUCAUCCAAUCACAUCUGCCCUGCUCUGGAACCUACGUCACCCUUGCGCCCAAAACCCUCAUCUUCCCUGUCUUUGUCCAGCCUCUGGAUCUCUGCAGUCCAGAAAGAACCCUGCUGAUGUCAGAGGAGAUGGUUCUACACCAGGUGGACCUGCUGCCUGCCAAGGUGACAGUGCUGAUCUAUUCUGACCUCCUGCUGCUGACCAGAGAGGAUGAAUCUGGACACUGUAACGUCCUACAGAGUCCGGUGUACCUGAACACACUGCAGCUCGGAGACGUGGUGUCAGAGCCUCUGAGGAUCUACCUGCUGCAGAACUCUCAGAACUGCUGCCGGGUUCUGUUCAGCCUGGAGGCCUUCAGCAUGGAGCAGAAGGUCCGAGUCAGUCUCUGUCUCCAUGACAACAUGCAGCUGGUCACCACGGAGACCGGACACGGCCACCAGUUCCCUGACCUCCAAUCAGACUUCGGCCUCCUAUCCCUUUACCCGCCCCCCUGUGACUCCACCCCGCUCCCCCCUUUCUCCCCCUCUUCCCCCAUCUGGAAGGAGCGGGAGGGGUGGAAGGAGGAAGAAGAGGGGAGGAAGAGGAGGCAGGAGGAGGAGGAGGAGAGGCAGCAGGGGGAGGGGGAGAGCGCCUCGGAGACGUCAGAGCAUGUGGGAGGGGUCUGGGGGUGUGGUGUGCUGCUCGGCCCCGCCCACUUCCACAUGAAGGAGGAGAAGACUGAUGAUGAUGAUGAUGAGGAGGAGGAAGAGGAGGAGGAGGAGCUCCACUGCAGAACCGCAGUUCUGCGGCGUUCGUUCUCUGAAGGUUCCCUGCUGCAGGAACCUUGGACGCCCCGGUUCCUGUCCGACAGCACCAUCCACCGCCUCACCCGCCCUGUGAUCUUCGACCUGGACUUAGGCUCCGCCCCUCAGCGGCCCUCCCCCCGGACCCCGAGGAAGCAGCUGACCAGAGAGGGCGGGUCUCUGCACCACAUGAUGCUGCUGCUCAACGGACCCAAGGCUGCAGACUCCAGGAACCAUCAGAUGAGGAAGAAGACCAGAAUCCUCGCCACUGAUGUUCGGAGCCGCCUGGCAUUUCUACGGAGACGGAAAAACGGUACGGGUUACCACGGUAACAGUUUGGAGAAAGCUCUCAGAAACACCAGGCCAUCUGGAGGGGAGGUGCUCAGCUGGGCAGACAGUCUGGAGGCUCUGCUGACCAAUCAGUGUAAGAAGCUUUCUGUUCUACCAGUGAUCAGUGAGGGGCAGAGCCUCAGUAGUGACGUGUCCUUGCUCUCUGUCUCUGGUUGGUCAGAUGGUCAGGCGGUGUUCCGUCACUUCCUGAGGUUGGAGUUCAGCGAGGAGAAUCUGGACUUCUGGUUGGCUGUGGAGAAGUUCAAGAAGACACGCCCCCUGAGCAAGAUGGCCGCCAGAGCAGCAAAGAUCUACGAAGAGUUUAUUUCAACCAACGCCACGAGACAGGUCAACAUGGACUCGUCCGUCAUAGAGUCGACCAAUCAGAGCCUGCGUCUGGGCGUUAGCUCUGCCUCCUUCCAGCUGGCCCAGGAUCAGAUCUUCGGCCUGAUGGAGACAGACAGCUACCCACGAUUCCUGAACUCCCCCCUCUACGCCCAACUGGCCAAUCACAACACUCACUAACAGCCAGCUAGAGUGGAGACGUCAGCCAAUCCUGAAGGAGACCCUGCUGAGGUUCCUCACCUGGAGAACCAGGAACACGUUCUAGAAUAAAACAUCACACUGGUCAACCUCCUGCUGCUUCUGGAGUUUCAUUAACAGCAGCUGGACAUCAGGUGAGACGACAGGUAGGAAGACAGGUGAGACGACAGGUAAAUAGACAGGCAGGAAGACAGGUGAGACGACAGGUAGGAAGACAGGUGAGACAACAUGUAAGAAGACAGGCAGGAAGACAGGUGAGAAGACAGGUAGGAAGACAGGUGAGACGACAGGAAGACAGGUAGGAAGCAUUAGACAGGUGAGACCGGCUUGUCUUUGACAUACUUUGCAUUCUCAUACUUUGUCUUUUCCUUUUGAGUUAGUAUUACAGCUGUCCCCAGAGUACUGUCCUCAGAGUACUGUCCCCAGAGUACUACCCUCAGAGUGCUGUUCCCAGAGUACUGUCCUCAAAGAAUACUGUCCCCAGUGUACUGUCCUCAGAGUACUGUCCUCAAAGAAUACUGUCCCCAGAGUACUGUCCUCAAAGAAUACUGUCCCCAGAGUACUGUUCCCAGAGUACUGUCCUCAAAGAAUACUCUCCUCAAAGAGCACUGUCCUCAGAGUACUGUCCUCAGAGUACUGUCCCCAGAGCACUGUCCUCAAAGAAUACUGUUCCCAGAGUACUGAUCCCAGAGUACUGUCCUCAGAGAACUGUCCCCAGAGCACUUUCCUCAAAGAGCACUGUCCUCAGAGUACUGUCCUCAGAGAACUGUCCCCAGAGUACUGUCCCCAGAGCACUGUCCUCAAAUAAUACUGUCCUCAGAGUACUGUCCUCAGACCACUGUCCUCAAAUAAUACUGUCUUCAGAGUACUGUCCCAAGAGCACUGUCCUCAGGAAGAACUGUCCCCAGAGUACUGUCCUCAGAGUGCUGUCCCCAGAGUACUGUCCUCAGGAAGAACUGUCCCCAGAGUACUGUCCCCAGAGUACUGUUCCCAGAGUACUGUUCCCAGAGUACUGUUCUCAGAGUACUGUCCUAAGAGAGUACUGUCCCCAGAGUACUGUCCUCAGAGAAUACUGCCUUCAGAGUACUGUCUCCAGAGUACUGUCCUAAGAGAGUACUGUCCCCAGAGUACUGUCCUAAGAGAGUACUGUCCUCAAAGAAUACUGUCCCCAGAAUACUGUCCCCAGAGUACUGUCCUCAGAGAAUACUGCCUUCAGAGUACUGUCUCCAGAGUACUGUCCUAAGAGAGUACUGUCCCCAGAGUACUGUCCUAAGAGAGUACUGUCCUCAAAGAAUACUGUCCCCAGAAUACUGUCCUCAGAGUACUGUCCUCAAAGACUACUGUCCCCAGAGUACUGUUCCCAGAGUACUGUCCUCAAAGAAUACUCUCCUCAAAGAGCACUGUCCUCAGAGUACUGUCCUCAGAGUACUGUCCCCAGAGCACUGUCCUCAAAGAAUACUGUUCCCAGAGUACUGAUCCCAGAGUACUGUCCUCAGAGAACUGUCCCCAGAGCACUUUCCUCAAAGAGCACUGUCCUCAGAGUACUGUCCUCAGAGAACUGUCCCCAGAGUACUGUCCCCAGAGCACUGUCCUCAAAUAAUACUGUCCUCAGAGCACUGUCCUCAGAGAACUGUCCCCAGAGUACUGUCCCCAGAGUACUGUCCCCAGAGCACUGUCCUCAAAGAAUACUGUUCCCAGAGUACUGUCCUCAGAGUACUGUCCUCAGAGAACUGUCCCCAGAGUACUGUCCCCAGAGCACUGUCCUCAAAUAAUACUGUCCUCAGAGUACUGUCCUCAGAGAACUGUCCCCAGAGCCCUUUCCUCAAAGAAUACUGUCCUCAGAGUACUGUCCUCAGAGAACUGUCCCCAGAGUACUGUCCCCAGAGCACUGUCCUCAAAGAAUACUGUCACCGGAGUACUGUCCCCAGAGCACUGUCCUCAAAGAAUACUGUCACCAGAGUACUGUCCCCGGAGCACUGUCCUCAGGAAGAACUGUUCCCAGAGUACUGAUCCCAGAGUACUGUCCUCAGAGAACUGUCCCCAGAGCACUGUCCCCAGAGCACUUUCCUCAAAGAAUACGUAGUACUGCAGUGAGUUAGUGUGUUUAUAGUAGUACUGCAGUGAGUUAGUGUGUUUAUAGUAGUACUGCAGUGAGUUAGUGUGUUUAUAGUAGUACUGCAGUGAGUUAGUGUGUUUAUAGUAGUACUGCAGUGAGUUAGUGUGUUUAUAGUAGUACUGCAGUGAGUUAGUGUGUUUAUAGUAGUACUGCAGUGAGUUAGUGUGUUUAUAGUAGUACUGCAGUGAGUUAGUGUGUUUAUAGUAGUACUGCAGUGAGUUAGUGUGUUUAUAGUAGUACUGCAGUGAGUUAGUGUAUUUAGUUACCUGUAGCUGCUGCAGCUCCGUCUUCAGUCUGGAAACACUGUUUUCUGCUUUUACUGCUCGUCUCUGAUUCACACACAAAACAACAGUCUGAUCAAACAGAGACGCUUCAGGGUUUAAAUGUGGAUCAGGUGUGUUCAGGUGCAUCAGGUGUGUUCAGGUGCAUCAGGUGUGUUCAGGAGCAUCAGGUGUGUUCAGAUGCAUCAGGUGUGUUCAGGUGCAUCAGGUGUGUUCAGGAGCAUCAGGUGUGUUCAGGUGCUUCAGGUGUGUUCAGGAGCAUCAGGUGUGUUCAGGUGCAUCAGGUGUGUUCAGGAGCAUCAGGUGUGUUCAGGUGCAUCAGGUGUGUUCAGGAGCAUCAGGUGUGUUCAGGUGCAUCAGGUGUACUGCUGCUGCUAACCGUCAUCAGGUCCAG